AAGAUAGAAGUAAAAUGGGAGAAAUAGGAAUGCCCGGAGAUAGAGAAAUAGAGAAAUAGAAAGGCCUCCCUACAACACUGCAAUGUGAGAGCUUGGAUUCGGUCUGCCUGAUUAAGUGAGGCGAUGAGCACGAUGAGCACCUGGGCGGCUAGCAGCUUAUGCGCCGCAGGUCACCGAAGACAGGCACGAAUUAACAUCAGUAAGGCCUCCCCACAAAAAGGCAAUGAGAAGGCUUGGAUUCGGUUUGCCUGAUAGAGCUUGUAAGCCCCUGCAGGCUCGACCAGAGCAUGCGCUGCGGGGCACCGAACACAGGCACGCAUCAGCGCCUAAAAACCUCCUCACAACAUGGCGAAGAGAGGACCCGGAUUCGGUUUGCCUGAUUGUAAGAACCUGUGGCAACUCUAGCAAGUAGAGCAGAGUGUGUGCUGCGGGACACCGAAGACAGGCGCGUAUCAACGCCAAAAAUAAAAAGAAAGGGGGAUCUGUGGGGAGCAAACCGGACUAGACUGAGUUACUGGAAUUAAGACUUAUUCUAUGCAUCUGCUCUCCCACAAUAUGGCGCUGGGAGAGAAGUAAACAGCUUCCGCACAGCUGCCUCCAGUUCAACUAAUAAACUGUAGGACUUGCUCCUGAUUGGAGAGCAGCGUACUCGGCGUGUGGGCAGCCGAGUUGGGAUUGGCGGAGGAGGACUAUAAAGGAGGAGAGAGACGGCAUGCACCAGGGAACAUCUAUGGGGAACAUCUAAGGGAACCCGUGCAGCCCCCGAGAGAACCGGCCGGCGGUGUGCCGCUCCCCUGCGGAAGUGGGGAAUGUGGCCAGGGGGAACUGCCCUUCCACGGAGGUGGAAGGGAUAGUAGCCAACCCGGGAAGAACCAGCAGCAAACCCGGGGAGGGCCGAGCAGACGAAAGAACAGCGCAGGGUCCUGUGUCGUUCCUCCACGAAGAGGGGGAGCGACAAUAUAACUUGUCUUAAUUGGGUCUGCAAAUUUUAUUAGCAGUUUGCUCUGUUGCCAUAUAAAAUUCUUAGUCAUGUGACUAGGUGGUGUCUCCCAAAGAUGACAUUACACUAAUGUCUAAUAUGCUGGCACAUGCUAUUCCUGACCCAGAUCUGUUUUAAGAAAUAGUUUUCUUUCACUGAAGCACAUGGGUUCUCAGCCCAUUUCUUAUUCUGACGUGGUGGAGAGGUGGAUAUAAAGGUACAGAAAUGUAUUUUAUGGGUUUUUUGUUUGUUUUGUUGUCUACUUGCACUGGUUUCCCUCUAACAUAGAGCUUCCCAACUUUAGCUGCACAUUGGAAUAAUUUGAAGAGCCUUAUAAAAUACUGAUGCCUGGUCCCUAUCCCCAAAAAUUCUGAUGGAGGCUUUAGUUCUGGGGUUUUAAAGGUUCCCCAGGUCAUUCUGAUGUGCAGCCAGGAUUGCAGCUUGUGUCUCUCUAGUUUUCCACCCGCCUGAAAGUAGAAGUGAGGACAGGAUUUGUCUUUGCAUAUAGCCCACCCAAUUAUAACUGAGCCUUUCAGGUUUGUAGAAGUGGAGGACGAAGCCCAGAAAGGGACUGUGUUUCUUUCUGGGGUGGUCCUUGUGGGCUGGCCAGCAAGAUGGAUGCUGUGUUAGGCCUUGCAACUGUACUUUCAGAUCCAUCUUAAUAUGAUAUUUUCCCUGCUUGGGUUAUAUUUCUCUCUAAGGUGAGUCACAGCCGCAUUGUUUAUAAGAUAAGUAUUCCUAUCAUCCAGAUCUUUUUUUCUUUCCAGUCCAGAUGUGCCUAAGGUACUUGUGAGCACACAUGCAAAUACUAUUCCAUGUUGACUUGGAGCCAGAGACAUUCAGAAAGACAAUGAAUACAUUUCCAUCUUAUGGCCUUCUGGUAUACUUCAUCACUUACUACUAGCUUUGGCCCUGUGAGAAAUGCAUAGCUUCCAAACCAGGCAAGAAAUUUCAAAUCACUGUUUGAAGCAGUUGUUGGAAAACAUAUUUUUCUUCUAAUGGAAUUCUCUUUGGGGCAAGGAAUUUAAUUUAAAAAAAUAGUAUGCCUCAUUCCCCAGACUAAACUAAUUUCCCAGAAAACGCCUAAAACUUGAUGCCCAUGCUGAAAAAAAAACAGUGAAGAGAGGGAAGAAGGUCUGGACUUUCCUGCUGAAUGUUCCCACGGAUGUUGUAUGUGCGGUAUCGGUGUUAUUGUAGCAGUAUCUCAUGUUUGCUGACUGUAGGGCUGAAUUCAGUGUCACAUUUAAUUGGAAUAGGAAGCACACUCCAGUUUGUGCAGUUUGUGUAUGAAGCAGAUAAACUGGAGCUGAAAGGCCAGUGGUUGGCUGAGGACCAGAACCCAUAACCCCAGCUGCAUGCUGCAACGUGAGACUCCAGAAACCUUUGAGCAAAGCUGAGUGCCGUAGCCUGGGCUGGGACAUUCUCUCGCUAACACAUGGUCUGGCGAAAGGAACUCCCCUCUUUGUAUCUUUUAUGUAUUUCCAAAGGCUGCUGCUCUUCCCAUUUUGGCUUUCUUUUUUUUGGCCUCCUGCCUCCCUCCUUUCUGUCCCUCACCUUGACUGUUCCGAACUUUGUGGCUCAUUCAGUUCUACAGAGGACUUGAUUUUGGAGGGUGAUGCUGCUGAUACCCAUGAACCUGGGCUGCAUGAAAGCAUUAGUGCUUUGGCCGAACAUUGUUUUGAAGCUCCCUCUCCCGUUGGUUACAGUCCCAGUAGUCCUGGCCAGAUUCUAGAAGACUCCAGCUACUUUUUUCCAGACUUUAAGCUCUAUUCUGGGAGGCAUGAAGCAUCUGCUUUGACGGUAGAGGUGAACGGUAGCAUCAGGGAAAAAGUUGUUGAGGAUCCACUCUGUAACUUCCACUCCCCAAACUUCCUAAGGGUCUCAGAGGUGGAAAUGAGAGGUUCCGAGGAUGCGGCAGCUGGAACAGUGUUACAGCGGCUGAUCCAGGAGCAACUGCGGUAUGGCACCCCGACCGAGAACAUGAACUUGCUGGCCAUUCAGCACCAGGCCACAGGGAGUGCAGGACCAGCCCACCCUCCAAAUAGCUUUUCUUCCACGGAAAACCUCGCUCAAGAAGACCCACAAAUGGUCUACCAGUCAGCACGCCAGGAGCCGCAGGGUCAAGAACACCAGGUGGACAACACGGUGAUGGAGAAACAGGUCCGCUCCACUCAGCCUCAGCAGAACAACGAGGAGCUGCCCACGUACGAGGAGGCCAAAGCGCAGUCGCAGUUCUUCAGGGGGCAGCAGCAGCAGCAGCCGCCACAGCCGCAGCAGGGGGCUGUGGGCCACGCCUACUACAUGGCCGGGGGCACCAGUCAGAAGGCCCGCACGGAGGGAAGGCCCACGGUGAACCGUGCCAACAGCGGCCAGGCCCAUAAGGACGAGGCGCUGAAAGAACUGAAGCAGGGCCACGUCCGCUCGCUCAGUGAGAGGAUCAUGCAGCUGUCCCUGGAGAGGAACGGGGCCAAGCAGCACCUCCCUGGCUCAGGGAGUGCAAAGGGGUUCAAGGCAGGAGGGGGACCCUCCCCAGCCCCGCCUGCUGGCAAAGUGCUGGACCCGCGCGGUCCACCGCCCGAGUACCCCUUCAAGACCAAGCCCAUGAUGUCCCCGGUCAGCAAGAACCAGGACCACGGACUCUUCUACAGUGACCAGCACCCCGGGAUGCUGCACGAGAUGGUCAAGCCAUACCCUGCGCCCCAGCCCGCGAGGACAGAAGUGGCCGUGCUGAGGUACCAGCCGCCCCCGGAGUACGGGGUGACCAGCCGUCCGUGCCAACUUCCUUUCCCGUCGACAGUGCAGCAGCACAGCCCCAUGUCCUCCCAGACCUCCCCAGUCAGUGGGCCGCUGCACUCCGUCUCCUUGCCGCUUCCACUUCCGAUGACCCUGGCCGCUCCACAGCCCCCACCUGCCGCCUCCCCGAGCCAGCAGCUUGGUCCAGAUGCAUUUGCGAUCGUGGAGCGAGCCCAGCAGAUGGUGGAGAUCCUCACCGAGGAGAACCGGGUGCUUCACCAGGAACUUCAGGGUUACUACGACAACGCUGACAAACUCCACAAGUUUGAAAAAGAACUUCAGAGGAUUUCAGAAGCCUAUGAGAGUCUGGUCAAGUCCACCACCAAGCGAGAGUCACUGGACAAGGCAAUGAGAAACAAACUGGAAGGCGAAAUUAGAAGACUUCAUGAUUUCAACAGAGACCUGCGAGACCGACUGGAGACUGCCAACAGGCAACUUUCCAGCAGGGACUACGACGGGCACGAAGACAAAGCUGCAGAAGGGCAUUCUGCUUCCCAGAACAAAGAAUUCUUGAAGGAAAAAGAGAAGUUAGAAAUGGAGUUAGCGGCAGUGCGGACUGCGAGUGAGGACCACCGGAGGCACAUUGAGAUCCUGGACCAGGCUUUGAGCAACGCCCAGGCCAGGGUCAUCAAGCUGGAAGAGGAGUUACGAGAGAAGCAAGCCUAUGUGGAGAAAGUUGAGAAGCUGCAGCAGGCCCUGACCCAGCUGCAGUCCGCAUGCGAGAAGCGGGAGCAGAUGGAGCGGAGGCUGCGGACCUGGCUGGAGCGAGAGCUGGAUGCGCUGAGAACCCAGCAGAAACAUGGAAAUGGCCAGCCAGCUAGCAUGCCAGAAUACAAUGCCCCGGCCCUCAUGGAGCUUGUGCGGGAAAAGGAGGAGCGGAUCCUGGCCCUGGAGGCUGACAUGACCAAGUGGGAGCAGAAGUACCUGGAGGAGAGCACCAUUCGGCACUUUGCCAUGAACGCCGCAGCCACCGCUGCAGCAGAAAGAGACACCACGAUCAUCAACCACUCUCGGAAUGGCAGCUACGGCGAGAGCUCCCUGGAGGCUCACAUCUGGCAGGAAGAGGAGGAGGUGGUGCAGGCCAACAGGAGGUGUCAGGACAUGGAGUACACUAUUAAAAAUCUCCAUGCCAAAAUCAUAGAGAAGGACGCCAUGAUUAAGGUCCUUCAGCAGCGGGCCCGGAAAGACGCGGGCAAGACAGACUCCUCAAGCCUGCGGCCUGCCCGCUCCGUGCCGUCCAUCGCGGCUGCCACUGGGACGCACUCCCGGCAGACCUCCCUGACCAGCAGCCAGCUGGCCGAGGAGAAGAAGGAAGAGAAGACCUGGAAGGGGAGCAUAGGGUUGCUGCUGGGGAAGGAGCACCAUGAACACGCCUCUGCCCCGCUGCUGCCAACCCCCCCAGGCUCAGCACUGCCCCCUGCAGCCUCCACCACGUCAGCCAGCAGUGCCCAUGCUAAGACGGGCAGCAAAGACAGCAGCACCCAGACGGACAAGAGCACUGAACUCCUCUGGCCCAGCAUGGCCUCCCUCCCCAGCCGUGGCAGGCUGAGCACCACUCCUUCCAACAGCCCCGUCCUGAGACACCCCGCGGCCAAAGCAGUGGCGGAGAAACUGGACACCUCUCCUGGCCACGGGAAGUCACCUGACCACAGGAGCCGUGUCAGCAGCCUGCUGCACAAGCCCGAGCUCCCCGAUGGCGAGAUGAUGGAAGUGCUCAUCUAACUCUGCGUCCCUGUGAACUUCCUGACGGAACCCUGACGAGCAAGGAAGGUGGCGGAGAGGAGGAGAAAGCUCAAGAAGGUGUGGAGGAAAAUCAGGAACGCUGUGAACUGCUAAGAGGUUUCAGAGGAGUGGGAACACUUUCGAUAAAUGUUAGAAACGAGAGCGGGAGCCUACAUGACUGAAGAUGGAGGAGAAUGCCAUGGCCAUGGAUUUUUAUUCUCUGUAGUGGAAGACAGAAAAUGCAUGUAGGUUUGGAAACAAAGUUAAGUAGAAAUAGGACGUGGACUUUUUCUUUGUACAGAAAAUGUAUCUCUGGCUAUAAACAGACAAACCUGAACAUGGAUUUCCUGGGAAUAGCCCUGUUCUCCUUGCCUUCAGCAUGUUUGGUUUAAGAACCUCCUAGAAAUCCCUAGAGCCAUCUUAGUGUAUGACAGUGUUGCCCACGCUGCACACGGGGUGUCCUGUAGGAGUGUGUGUGUCUGAGAAGAAAUGUCCAGGGAUGACGGGGGAUUGGGAAGGUGCUCUCCACCUGAUUACCUGUCCAGUUUGGAUUUUCAGGAGGUGGUAAGGAUCCUCAGCUUCUUUGGAUUCAGCAGUAUUUUCUCAACAGGAUGGAAGUGCUGGCAGCUCGGGCUCAUCCUCCCUAACCUCCGAGUUCAUCUCUGUCUCAGCUCUGUAAUUUUACUUUUGUGUUUGUUCCUUCCUUUGUAAUCAGACUUGGCAGAACUCCCGAGGCAUGGGAUUCAUAAGCGCAGUGUCUGAAGUGGCAUCGUCCCUGCUGUGUUUAGCAGUGGCCAGUUACCAGGAGGACAAGGCCAGAUGCUGGCUCCCUGGCUGCUUUAUCCACUUGGCGUAGUUGGGCUGCAGCUGCUAAUCUCAUCCUGACUAUGCACUAGGUAAGGUCUGAUGAGGCAGGAGAGCCCCGGCUCACCAUGUACAUCUUACAUUAAGAUCACGGCACUGGCUUUGUCACUCUCCCGUCAGCUUUCUUGUGAGGAGUUGAAAUUUCCAUCAUUUUGUUCUGUGUAAGACGUUCAGGGCAGCCCUCCAGGAACUGGAUGAGAGUUUGCAAACCAUUUUGUUUUGGGGUCAUCCAGAAUCUCACCAGGCGCCCUGUGCCACUUUCUCAUUGUCUCAUACACCUGUUCACCACGCUGCCUUCCCCCUUGCACUCCUCUGACUGCUGGGGAUGAACGUGCAGGCUUCUGUGUGUGGGUCUUUCUCUGCCGGGAACUUGCUUUGUUACCUGAUAGGCCAAUCUAUAUAGAGGAUGUGGUUAGGGUUUUUGGAGGUUUCAGUUUGGGGGACAGCUUAUCCAAAGUGAGGCCGAAAUGCCAUGGAGAGAGCACGGGAGUGAGUCGGGUGCUGGGGCUCUGUACCCUUGCUGCGAUGUUUCACGGGACUCCUCUGCUGGCUUCCUCCACCGUCCAGGAGGUGCUGGACCAGAUAAAGAGAGGAGAAGCUAAUCAGGCUGCCAGGUGCUCCUGCACGAUCUGAUGUUGUUCUCCCUCCAGCUCAACUGGAUCUGUGUUUUCUCAGCUCCCAAAAAUCUGUCCGUCCAGUAUUUAUUCAGGUGCCCCCUGAAUGAAACCUCGAAGGCAAUGCUUCUUGGGAAACCUGCUUGGCAGGCUUCUUCUAGGACUGGUCUUUGGAGAGUGACCUGGGUGAAGUUACACGGCUUCGGCAAGAUAGGCCUCUGAGCCCCCCCCCCCAGAAGACGAAGCGGGAGCUGACUCUCGCAAGCUCUGCCCUGUGGUGGGCCCUCAGCUUUGUGCUGCCUCCUCUAGUCUCACAUUGAGCAGCAGAUAAGUAUGGUGCAGGCUGGGAAACUGAGGCGGCCCCCAGACUGAGCGCCAAGCUCACCCCGUGUUCUGUGGUGUGGGAAGAGCAUGGGAGGCCCCGGAAGUGGGGGAAGGGGUUGAGUGUGAAUGUGAGAGGGAUGGAGCCCAGUGAUGGCAUCCCAGUCACUGUUCCCUAUCACUUCUCUCCAGGAAUGAGGUUCAGUCAAUGGCAGCUAACUCUCUUAAGGACAUGGCGACUCCAAUUCAUGUUGGGGACGGACCAGAAAAGAAAGAAAAGCAACCCUGCCAGCCUCCACCACAUGUCUGGGCCACCCCAUGCUUCGGGCGUCUCCCUAGCAGUGGGUUAGAGCCAGGGCCCCAGCCGUGUUGCUCCCGAAGCCUGGUCCUCGCGCCCUAGAUACUGCAUUUUGGUGCAUCUGGGCAUGACACUCACUCAACUCUUCUGGGUCUCCCAGAAUUGUUUUUUGUUUUGUUUUUGUUUUUGAGUUUUUUUUUUUUUUUAAUACCAGAUGUUUUCAUUGUCAAAACACAAGUGGAGAGAGCACCGUUUCUCAGGCUGUCAGCUACAGCUGUGCCGCAGUCAUCAUCAGUCUUUUCAUUUCCUCCCGAGCUCACUGGGCCUCUUCCUUGGGAAGGAGGGCCACCAGCUUUAAAAUGUCUUCGGCUGCACUUGCAUUGCAGUGAGCUUUCCUGAGGCUGAGCUCGCCUACAGGAAAAAGGGGUCACAGGUACCUCCCACUCCGGGGCACUUUACAGUAUCUUAUCUCAUUGGAUUUUCAGAAAAACGCUUCCAGCGAUGUGUUUAGUGCUGUGUGCAAGCACUGUGCUACCUUCUGUUAGUCCCCACGCCACCUGGGGUUUGCAUACCUUUUAUUAUCCUGAAGACAUGGGUGCCUAAAUGGGCUCAGAGAAGUUGAGUCCCUCCUCAAAGCCUCGCAGCCAGAAGCUGGGAUUUAAAACAAGGGUGUAGAGGAAGAGCUGUGCCUACACCAUGGCUUCCCAUGCCCAGCCUCCCUGUGGUGGUGUGUGUGCACACAUGUACAUAGGCACGUGCACAUGGCUGUCACACAUCUUAGGGUGUGAGAAAGAGGACUGCCCCCAGAACUCCUGUUAAAACUAUUACUGCCUACAGGUCCAAACAGCUAAGCUGCCAGGAAAAACACUGUUUUCCAAAAAUGUCAGAGUCUGUGCAGAAAUUAGCAUUUUCUUCUCCCAGCAUUUCUUCUGCUUCCCAGAGGUUGGUAGGCAGGGGCGGUGUGGACUUCACACUGUAGCCAUGCGUGCAGAGCAGGGCUGUCUCAGAGAGUAGGGAGUGAUGGAGCCCUUGUGGUCUCACUCCUGCUGAGGCUGCUCUUUGGAUCUCAUGGGUGAGUUUGACUGCACAGGGCUGGGAGUGGAUAUAGAGACAGUUGAUGCAAAUGAGUACUGAACUUGAACCAGAACUCGGUGGUUCUGUUGCUCUGAGAGUGCUCCCUGCAGAGAAGCUGGUCCUCACCAUCCUUGCUCUCACCUGGCUCUGCCCUCAGCCACCUGUAUCCUCGCGAUGGAGUGCCUGAAACAUCUUUGUCCUACUGGAGUGAGCAAGCUUGCCCCAGUAGACUUUCUGAGUCCCCAAAACUUGGGGAAACACAGGCAAGGCUGGCAUUUAGGAGGCAGUGAAGAGCGCGUUGGAGCGGAAAAGUUUUGAGGCAGGGAGCUCACACGCGGACCUCUGGGAGCUGUGCUGAGCAAAGAGAGGGCUUCUUCCAAAGCCAAAGUCUUGUUCCACAUCUGCCCUGGAGCGAGUGGAGUGUGCUAAGUGAUCUCGCGUACCCCUCUCAAACAGAGAGGUGUUGUACCCAUGGUGUGGAGAUCCUGUGGAUGCUCUUAAGUGGAAAAGGCUUUUAAGUAGCCAGAAGUCAUCCAGCUCACCAUAGCUGCUCCACAUCCUAAAAGCUAAGGCAGCCACGGCACAUGCUCUAUCAAUUUCUCUCCCCCAUCCCCAAUUAAUCAGUGUGUUUAAACUGUCUGCCUUUGGUGUGAGGAUUUGAGUGUGUGUGGGGGCAGGGGGGCUUACCUCUGAUGUGUUGCCCCAUGGGGAGAUGUAGAUAGUAAUGAAGAAGCUAUGGUCAGCGUUUCAAUGAAUGAAUUUCUUCAAGAGCCAAUGAGCAAAGGAUUCUUUCUUUUGCAGUGGCAUGCCAUCUCAUUUAGUAGUUGAAUGGUACCUAAAGACGUGUGUGUGUUUGUGAGAGAGAGAGAGAGAGAACAAGCGAGCACAUGUGUGCAGCAUGCCUGUACAGUUGUGUGUGAAUUUUCUGUUCUGAAAGUCUAGAAGAUCCAAGUGUUUCCACUCACCCCACUUUCCUCAAAGGCGUUCCCUUGGGAACAUUUAUGGAAUUCCUCUAUCCGAAUAGCCUUCGGGGCCUGGCACGUUCCUUUGCUUCCCCUAGAAAUGAGAAGCCUUUGGGGAUAGAGUUCAGUGCCGGAAAUAAUCCCAAGUUAUUCCUAGCACAGCUGGAUGAAUAAGUAUGGCAGUUAAGGUAAUUCACGCCCUGUUAGUUUCUGAAAAGGUAAGAAGUGCCCUGCAAUGAGUCUUCGGUCUCAUAGCCUCUCAGAGUGACCUCUCCAGGGGAGAACAGUACGAAUAGUCACGUUUAACAGCCUGUUCUCCUGCCAUGCCUCGUAUGCAUCCCCACCUCUGUGCACACUACAGACGAAAGUGCAUAUUCCUUAGUAGGUAUUCCGUAAGCUGGUGUUAGGUUUAGGUGCAUGUUAUUGUCAUGUUAUGCUGUGACUGAGGUGUUUGUCAUGAAACUUUUAAAAUACUAUUCUCUAUAUAAGGAAGCAUAUAUACAGCAUUUUCUUAGAUCAGCUCCCUGAAGUUUUGAUGCCCAGUGUUGUGUUUACAUGUGACUUUGCCUAGGAUUCUGUUCACAUCUAGACACCUGUAAGUAUUUAUUACAAAACAGAAUGUAAGCAAGUUUAUCCACAGUGGUUGGACUUCAACCAAGAUGUUUUUCCCUUUGGAGGAGAGGCAGGGAGCCUCCUUCUCCAUGAAGCAUUUACACAGUGUGGAAAAGCCUGCGAAACAAGGGCAAGGCGGGCACCAGGUUUCAGCCCGAACGCUGACAUCCCUGGUGCCUCCGCUCUCUCCGCCUGCUCCGUGUGCGUGCGUUGCUGCGCUUGGUGGCAGUGUGCUGUGUUGCUUCCCGGGGUCCCCGAUGCCUGGGGUAACCUUGGAGCAUCUUCGUGCUGCUGGUCUGUAGUGAGGGGCGAUGUUCAGCCCAGAUGGGUGCGUGUGCAGAGUGCCAGGGGGGAGUCCACAAACACGCGUGUCCCCCACGGCAACUGUGGAUACUGUCGGUCAGCCAAAGAUUUUCCUGUUCUUUGCUGCUUCAACUUGUGCCUUAAUAUUGUAUAUAAUAAUAAAUGGAUAAAAUGGCAAAAAUG